ACGGGGAAAAAGUAAAAAGAAAAAAAGAGAGAGGGCAGUUCGGGAAAUAUAAUGUUUUAUUAUUCCAAACUUGGCAGUGCCCAGUAGGGUUUAUUGCAUCUUCGUGUUCAGGCCGUCGCACCGAAACUCUACAGACCCUUUUGCUUCUACACAGGUAGUUGGUGUGCGGAAAUGACGACAGUUCCAGGGCAAUUAGUUUGGGAGAUUGUCAAGAAAAACAACUCUUUUUUAGUUAAGGAGUUUGGUAAUGGUACUGCUGGUGUUGUCUUCAGCAAAGAGCCCAACAAUCUUUACAAUCUUCACUCUUAUAAGCAUUCUGGCCUAGCAAACAAGAAGACUGUGACUAUCCAGCCCGGGGGCAAAGAUCAAUCAGUGCUGCUUGCUACAUCAAAGACCAAGAAACAGAACAAGCCUUCUAGUUUGUUGAAUAAAUCUGUAAUGAAGAAGGAGUUCAGCCGCAUGGCCAAGGCUAUAACAAACCAGGUAGCAGAUAACUAUUACAGGCCAGAUCUGAAGAAAGCAUCUCUUGCAAGAUUGAGUGCUGUGAACAGGAGUCUCAAGGUUGCCAAAUCUGGCGUCAAGAAGAGGAACAGGCAGGCCUAGAAUCCCAUUCUAGAAAAUGUUAUGACGUAUGAGCUGCAAUUUUUUUCCCCCAACCUCCUCGAGUACCCGAGGCUUACUAUUUGAGUUCAUGUUUGGAGUUUCUUGAAGUAGCUAUUACCAUGGAGAUAUUCUAGAUUUUAUGCUAAAAUAUACGUUCCAUUUGAGAAUUUAUAAAGUUAGCAUUUAUUUAUAAAUGUGUGCUUCUGCACUGCAUUGAUCA